AUGCCUCCUAGGAAGCUGAGAGGAGCAGCCAAACAAUCACUUCAGCUCAGGGCUUCAAGCCGCACCCCCAAACCCCCGCCUAGGCUCGAGGAUGAUUUGCGGUCAAGCCCUCCAUCAAAACCACCCGCCAGGGUUAAACGUACCAAAACAGUCAUUGAUCUCGAAAUCGAAGACCCAGCUCCUGAACUUGUGAGUCAAUACGAUGAUUUCAUGGUUCAGGUUAUCGUUACUAGGGAGCCGAAAUUUAGGUAUGCCCAAGGACCCUUCAUGGUCAACCCCCUGAAAGAAUGGGACUUUGUUCAACCACUAUUGCUCGAUCUCGCCCUCGAGGAGUCGCGUCAGGACCCUGUGGUCAAAGAGGGCAUCAACAUUCACUCCCUUACUCCCUACAUUCAAUGGAAAGUUGUACGCGGUCGUUCCAAGGAUGCACCAUGGUGUCGACUACGGCACCCCCUCGACUGGGAAGCAUUCAUUGAGGCCGUCAACACUGAGCGCAUGGUACCUAAGAUCGAGUGGACAGCUUUCAUUCAAAUCGAUACGCGCUUCGUACCGCAAAUCCAGUCUCUCGCCCGUACCGAAGACCUCGAAACUCCCACUAGCAACAACUAG